UAUGUCAAAAUCGGUUCAUACACAACUGAGUUUCCAGAUUUUCUAGGGAUGCGGCCAUUUUUCAAUAACUGAUCACCGAAACAGAUGUAAACACCGACCGAUGCAAUACAACCGAAGACAACCUCGUUCUCAAUAAAGUAACCUGGACCACUUAUAUUUGCUUCUUAAAUUAAAAGUAUAAUUAACUCGCCUAAAAUGUGAAACAAAUUUUAAUGUUUAUGACAUCUUUUGUAUUCAGCUUCAGUAGUAAACUAAUGAAAUAUCAGAAUGUAGGAAGGAUUUUGAGCAAAUUGCUGGGUAUCCGGGUCAUUUUGCAGCUUCGUUGUGAUUUGUUCCCGCACGCGGGCGCCACGCUCUUGCUGACUCGGCUGACUUGUGAAUGUUGAGUUUCGUUCGGAGUUGGGAGAGAGGUUAGGCGAGGUUAGGCUAGACAAGGCAGCAUACAUUGCCUUCGCGGGGAGAAACUCAGGGGCGAAAUGUUGUUAAGGGCAUUCAUUGUGAUGUGAUUAAUUAUGGCAAUUUGUGAUACAUCGUAGAUUGAGUUAUUCGACUCUUUUGACUUGCUGGACGACUUGCACGUCAUUUGAAACAAGGACAAUUGUAGUCUGCCUUAGAUUUAUAUUUUGUUUAUUAUGAUCUGGGAUAAUAUCCCUUCAAUGUAAUUCAAUAUGGAAUGUGUGGGAUCUGACCAUGGAGAUGCCCAUGAAGAACCUGACAAAAGUGGUGACUUAUCUGCAAAAUGUGAUAUUGAUGCCAGCAAAGAAACUAUUGGUGAACUAAAAGUUCACCUUGAGGAUAUAAUAGGAGUCCCUCAUGCAAUGCAAAAAGUAAUGAUAAAAGGUUUGGCAAAAGAUGAACGCACUUUGAGAGAUCUUGGUGUUGUUAAAGGUGCAAAAGUCAUGGUUGUAGGUUCUAAACUGGAUGAUGUACUCGCAGUUUCAACACCUAGUAAGCAGGAUUUUUUGGAUGAGAAAGCAUCUUCUACUACCAAAGAACCAUUUUGCAAACAGAAGCAACAUAAGAAAGUUAUUGAUAUAGGUAUUCCGGAAGAUGUAAUGCCAGGCAUUAAGAAUGCCAAGGACUCAUUGCCCCCAUUUCCUCUAUCUGGAAUGCUUAACAAAUCAGGAGGGAAAUGGAUUAACAUUUAAAAUGGAACAAGAUCAAAUAUGGAUUGGUACCAAAGAACGAACUGACAAGAUACCAAUGAAUACAAUUAAAAGUGUUGUUAGUGAGA